AUGCUCUCAACGCUUAUGACACAAAUUGUGAACCCCUUGGCCUUUAUUGUUCCCGUCUUAUUGGCUGUCGCGUUCCUUACCUUGCUUGAACGAAAAGUGCUUGGCUACAUACAGCUGCGCAAAGGCCCUAAUAUUGUUGGCCCCUACGGCCUCCUCCAACCAAUCGCAGACGGUCUCAAAUUAUUUAUUAAAGAGCCCGUUCGGCCCUCUACUUCUUCCCCCCUGUUAUUUUUGCUCGCCCCCAUCCUAGCGCUUACUUUAGCCCUUGCACUUUGAGCCCCCCUGCCCCUCCCUCAUCCAGUUAUUGACCUUAACCUGGGCGCACUAUUCGUCCUAGCCCUCUCCAGCCUAGCAGUUUAUGCUAUCCUCGGUUCAGGGUGAGCCUCUAACUCAAAAUACGCCCUUGUCGGCGCCCUACGUGCCGUCGCCCAAACCAUCUCUUAUGAAGUUAGCCUCGGCCUAAUCCUACUAAGUGUAAUUAUUUUCGCUGGCGGCUUCACACUACAAACCUUCAACGUCGCGCAAGAAAGUGUCUGACUAGUACUGCCUGCUUGACCAUUGGCCGCAAUAUGAUACAUCUCCACCCUCGCAGAAACAAACCGGGCCCCCUUCGACCUCACAGAAGGGGAGUCCGAACUAGUUUCAGGCUUCAACGUCGAAUACGCAGGGGGACCCUUCGCCCUAUUUUUUCUGGCCGAAUACUCUAAUAUCUUACUUAUGAAUACCCUCUCAACAAUCCUAUUCUUAGGGGCCUCCCACAUCCCUUCUUUACCCGGUCUAACCACCACAAACCUCAUGAUGAAGGCCGCCCUUCUCUCCGUUGUGUUCCUUUGAGUCCGAGCAUCCUACCCCCGCUUCCGUUACGAUCAACUUAUACAUCUUAUCUGAAAAAACUUCCUCCCCCUGACCCUAGGACUGGUUAUUUGACACCUGUCCCUCCCAAUCGCGCUUACGGGGCUCCCCCCUCAAUUUUAA